GUCCGAUUUCCGAAUAGUCUGGUGUCCAAAAGAACUCCAAUUGUUCAAGGAGUUAAAUUUAUUCGGUGUGGGAAAACAGCUUGAGGUGGCUACUCGAUGAGGGCUUUCGAGAAGUGAAAGAUGGUGCACUACAGUAUCAGAUAAAGAAACAUGACCAGAAGGAAAGAAUGUUCACAUACAUUAAGCAGAAAAUAGAAACGUUCACUGAAACCGCUUUUUAUGUCAAAGGAAGUGGGGCCAGAACCUCCAAACCAAAAACUUAUACAAAAUGUAUAAAAAGGUCGGGAGUUACAGCUGCCACAUGGGAGCACAAAGGUCGGUAUUUUCGGAUCAGAGAACGAAAAAGGUUCAAUUGCCGGGCUGAUGAAAGAAUAACAAGACAGCCCCGUGUUAAAGUGUGUCGGGGGUCGGAUUUACCCAACAAGACCAUAAAGACUGGUUGUCAAGCCUACAUCCAAUGCUAUGUGUUCGAUGUUCUUGAUGUGAAGUACAACUCUUACACCCAAUCGGAGUUGAAAGAUGUGGGACUUGACUGUUUGGCUCUAAAUGCCGAUGAAAUGUUUGGAAUCUUUUUCAGCUUCCACCACGAAACCCACGAAAAUUGUGGCCAUCUUCAGAGACCGACAUUCAAUCCGAAAGUUGUGGACAUACUAAAAACGAAUGUCGACAAAUGUUGCAACUUUUGGCGGUUGAGGACAAUAUUUGUGAACGAGAUCACAACAUACUUGGAGUCUAUGCGAUACCCUGUGAACAUGGACAACCGUCUGUGGUUCCCAACAGUAACCGACAUAAGAAAUAUCGUAACGGUAAAAGGUCUAGAAAAAGAUAGACUCGAGGCCAUUAUCGAAGAACUACGUCAUGAAGGAAACUCGGUCCACUACGUCGAUGAGCCGGACAAGGAAAAUCCUCGGAACUCGAAGAUGCUUUUGGUCUACCAGAACCAGACGCAAAAGGAUAUACUUAAACAGUUUGGUACCGUCUUGUUUAUGGACAGCACGCACAAGACAAAUCAUUACAACUUGCCACUGUUUUUGCUCGCCUGUAGAACACCCCAAGGAUACCAGGUUGUCGCUUUUUUCAUAACGUGUUCUGAACACCCGAACGGUGAGGAGAUCAUAGCAGAAGCCCUGUCGGUCAUAAAGGGGUGGAAUCCGGGAAUGUCCCCUACAUACUGUAUGACCGACCAAGACAUUGCGGAGAUCAACGCCAUGAGGGCAAUCUUUCAAGGAAUUCGUCCCUUUUGGUGCGACUUCCAUGUUAAACAGGCUUGGGACAAAAGAAUUAAGUGCAUCUUCAAGCUAAAAGACCUCGAAAAGAACGUUCCCCUGCACAGAGAAUACGACAAUGACAGAGCGAAAGUUGAAGCGUUCGAAUGCAUGCUGUAUUUAAUGUACGCAGAGACCCCCAACAUCCACCUUCCCGACACUCGAAUCGACCAAUAUUUCGAGGAAAGAUUAUGGAAGGUGAUGACCAGUGACCUCUGUCUACGUAAUCCCACAUUUAGUAGCUAUGUCCUCUAUUACGCAGAUCGCAGAGAAUAUUGGGCUAUGCCGUACAGAAAUCUGGAAGCUCUUGCUGGGGUCAGAACAAACAAUGGAAUAGAGUCGCUUAACAAUGUUUUGAAACACAGAGUGUUUAAUGGCGUAUCCGCCCAUCGUUCCCUUCCUCAGCUGCUAGCCUCUCUGGUUUUUGACUUUAUCCCAAACAGGCUGCAGACGUAUAGACACAAGAUGAUAUCAGACUCCGUGAGUUAUAAGAGGAUCGUUUCACAGAACCAUGUGUUACCAUCAUUCUUUAAUGGUAUCCCGUCUAAGAAUCUCAUCUUGGUGAAGGAAAGUUAUUUUCGAUCCUUCGAAAAAACUAAAGACGACAUCAGGAAACUGGGUGACCAAUAUGUUGUCAGGACAAAGGAUUCUGAAGGAAAUCCCUUCGCGUACAAGGUAUCUCUAUCGGAAGAAGUCAGGUGUGACUGCAUUAAAUUCCGUGGCACACCGACGUUACCGUGCAAACAUGUGCUAGCGAUUUUGAGAAUAUAUGAAAUUGACUGGACGCAACUCCCGACCACAUUCAGACUAAGUCCUCAUCUCAGCGUCGACAGCACUCUAGGUAGAAACGUUUCUACUGAGUUACCUCAGCAAGUUUAUUUUGGCCCCGACCGUGACCAUCAGCUGCCGGAUGAAGAUGAGGGAUCAUGCACUAAUGAACCAAUCGAAGUAAUCGAUCAAUCGUGUUCUAGUGAGGAGGUACCAGGCCCCAGUACUGCAGAUAAGGAUCUUGACUUUAACAAGUCAUUUAGCAUCUUAAGUGACCUCAAGACUCAAAUGUUCAGGAUUCCUGCAUCUAAAAGGGGAGAACUCCUCAAACUUAUGGAAGACACUGUUAGAGACCAGCUUAUACCCUCGGUUCGGAAGCUAGGAGAAAAUGCCCAAAUCCGCCGAGACGAUUUUGCAGCCACUUUACCAAAGCCAACGAAGAAAAAGCGGAAACUAUUUCCGAAAUACACUGGUCAACACAGCGAUAGUGAUUUCGAGUAAAAAUUUAUGACCAUUCUGCCUUUAUAAUUAAUAUUAUAUCCAUGAUGCACUGUUAUAUUGAGCACAAAAAAUAUCUUUAAUUUUGAAACUUUAGGAUUUGCGAUUCCGCUUUUUCCUCGUUUGAUUCGGUAAAGAGAACAGAGAAGACAGAGAAUUAACAUUUUGUUGUUUACUAUCGGAUACGUGUUUGGCGCUCAGAAUUAAAUUGACUAUAUAAUUCGGCCGGUUUUGAUGAGCGAGUUCAUGCUUCUGCCACGUGUUUUAUUUUGCAAUCCAACUGCAAUAGAGAAAUCCUCACUGAAUUAGGCACUUAUAGUUGCACUAAUAUAAUAAUAAUAUGAUGCGAUGGAUAAUUUCAUUUAGAGAAAUUUAGAGAUUUUUAGAUAUUUAGUGAUAUUAAAGUUGUCACAUAGGAGUUCACCCACACUUGCCAUGCACAGAUUAAAAGUUUUAAUAAAGCUAUCUUAUACUUAAAUAUCGAUCAUGGUCGGUAUUAUAUAGGUUUGAGGAAAAUCGUAUAAUUACAGAAUCUGAAGUAUCAAAAUAUAAUGAUUGAUUAGUGGUUUUGGUCAGUUACUGUUAAUUGCUCCCGAUAUUGUUAAUUUCAUUCAGACUCUUUGAGUUCUAUUUAACAACUGCAGUUAUUUUAUCACUUUUAUAAGGCGAUCAGCGAUAUAUUUUGUUAAUGAUUUUUUUUUGCCUUCAUUUAUUUUAUCAACUGUAGCGUUUAUA